CGUGCGUCCCCCCCUACCCACCCCCCUCCUUCCACCAGAGUCGAGGGCAACAGACGUCAACGACGUCGCCCGGGUCAACUCGACGCCACCGCGACCUCGACGCGACGCGCCUCGCCUCGCCAUGAACCUCGAACUCCUGGAAUCGUUUGGCCAAAACUACCCUGAGGAGGCAGAUGGCACGUUGGACUGCAUCAGCAUGGCGCUCACGUGUGCCUUCAACCGGCGCGGCACGCUGCUGGCGGUCGGGUGCAACGACGGCCGCAUCGUGGUGUGGGACUUCCUGACGCGCGGCAUCGCCAAGAUCAUCAGCGCUCACAUUCACCCCGUGUGCUCGCUGUGCUGGAGUCGCGAUGGACACAAGCUGGUGAGCGCAUCUACAGACAACAUGGUGUCGCUGUGGGAUGUGCUGAGCGGCGACUGCGAGCAGAGGUUCCGUUUCCCCGUGCCCAUUCUCAAAGUCCAGUUCCACCCCCGAGACCCGAACCGAGUACUCGUGUGCCCCAUGAAGUCUGCGCCUGUCUUGCUGACCCUGUCCGACUCCAAGCAUGUGUGCCUUCCCGUCGACGAUGACUCUGACCUCAACAUCGUAGCCUCGUUUGAUCGGCGAGGGGAGUACAUGUACACCGGCAACGCCAAGGGAAAGAUUCUCGUGCUGAAAACAGACACACAGGACCUGGUGGCUUCGUUCAGGGUCACGACGGGCACAAGCAACACCACUGCCAUCAAGUCCAUCGAGUUUGCACGGAAGGGGAGCAGCUGUUUUUUGAUAAACACGGCGGACCGGAUAAUCAGGGUGUACGACAGCCUGGAGAUCCUGACGUGUGGAAAGGAUGGCGAGCCGGAGCCCAUUCAGAAGCUUCAAGACCUGGUCAACAGGACACCGUGGAAGAAGUGCUGCUUCUCGGGGGACGGCGAGUACAUUUGCGCAGGCUCAGCAAGACAGCAUGCGCUCUACAUCUGGGAGAAGAGCAUUGGCAACCUGGUGAAGAUCCUGCACGGCACGCGCGGGGAACUGCUGCUGGAUGUCGCCUGGCAUCCCGUACGACCAAUCAUAGCGUCCAUAUCGAGCGGCGUGGUGUCCAUAUGGGCCCAGAAUCAAGUGGAAAACUGGAGUGCUUUCGCACCGGACUUUAAGGAGCUGGACGAGAACGUGGAGUACGAGGAGAGGGAGUCGGAGUUCGACAUCGAAGAUGAGGACAAAAGCGAACCCGAGAUGACGGGAGCCGACGCGUUGGAGGAUGAGGAGGUGGAUGUGACGAGCGUGGACCCCAUAGCAACCUUCUGCAGCAGCGACGAGGAGACGGAGGACUCGCACGCUCUGCUCUACCUGCCCAUCUCGCCUGAGGUGGAGGAGCCCGAGGAGAACCCGUACGGACCUCCUCCAGACGCCCUGUCGACACCCGGGGCGGACGAGCCAAGCAGCCAGGACAAGAAACGGCCGGCGUCGUCGGAGGGGCCGCUCUCGCCCAAGAAGAAAAAAACGAAAACGACCAACGUGGAGCUGCAGGGGGUCACGCCUGAAGAGCUGCACCCGCUGUUGUGCGUCAAGGGUGAUGGGAAGAGCAAGAAGAAGCCGGCGGGGCGACCCAAAGGGAUGAAGACCAAGGACCCGACACCGGGAAAACCCAAGGGGCCCAAGGGGGACAAGGGCCGUGGCCUGGACGGCAGCAGUAAGGGCAGGGACCUUAUGGACAAGCUUGAGUCUUCCGGUGGUGGAGGAAUGAUGGUGGAGACGAUGUAAGGUGUGCCGAAAGAGGGCAUCUUAUUUACGACGCUCAUCCUCCAGAUUGGGAAUAUCCCCUUCGGCCUUGAUGAGAGCCCAGAUCAGGAAAUGUCAGCAGGAUGGGCCCCAGGGUUUCAUCCCGUUGAGCAGAAAGACACGAAUCUUACGUAUUUUCUGGACGAAGAGUGACGGAAUGGACAAUGAAAAAAGCCGAGCGAGCGUGCCGCUACUCACUGAUGCUUGUGAAAUCGUUUUUGUAUAUACUUUACAGACUGACUUGGAGACUUUUUUUCAUUUCUAAAUAAAAAUGUAUGCUUAAGGUACUUUGCCAAUCAGUCUCAUUGUAUACAGUACAGUAUUUCUUACUUGUCUUAGAGCUUUUAAAGCAAGCGAACUCGUCCGACUUGCUGUAAUUAUAUUUUUGUGGACUUUUUUUCUUAAGAAACAGGUUGACCGCUAACUUGUUUAGAGCAGCACUCUCAUAAUUGAGCCCCCUGAAAUAAAGAGUGCUUCAUGCAAGCGUUA